AUGCGCGCCUUUGCUCUCUUGUCGGCCGUCGGCCUUGCCCUAGCAGCCUCCCCAAUCACCGACGCGCCGCCCCCGCCCCCGACAGUGACGGAAGUUCCGCCAGAGGCUGAAAUCGUUACGCUGACGGAUGCUACCCAAACCGAGCCCGAGUACAUCACUACCGUUCGAGAGGGAAGUGACGAGGAAACCAUUGUCCCCAUCAUCAUCCCAUUCUCUGGACCCCCAUUGUCUGCUUCGGCUGCUUCCCGUCAUUCCCCCAAUAUCAAGAUUGAUGUCCCAGAGUUCUGCAUCGAGCUCUUUGGCGCCAAGAUCGGAAAGUGUCCCCCGAAGAACGAAAACCAGCCGGAGAAUGAGGAACCUGAGAAGGAAGAACCCGAAAAGGAGGAGCCCGAGAAGGAGGAACCUGAGGAGCCAUCGUGCACCGAAACCCUCACGGCUACCUAUGUCAGCGUCUUCUGCACCGUCACAACGACUGUCCUCCAGGCCCGCCAAGAGCCCACCCAAGAACUCGGCCACCACUACCACCACCACUACUACAGCUACGCUGCCCGCGCAAACGCACCCCGCUUGCGACGUCGGGGCUGCGCCAACGGAGCAUGCUCCGUGCAGAAGAAGAGAGACGUGGACAACGCGACGCUCCCUUCCCUGGCCAGGCGCGGCGAACCCGAUGAGGGAGAGUGGCCGGGCCCCGAGGACUACAGCGGGAGCGAGGGCGGCCUCGUAGCUGGCGAAGUCUUCUUCACCUACUACGGCAGCGAGGGUUUCAUCGACACCGUGGGCAAGAUUGUCAAGUUCCCCACCCCGGAAAUGGGCGACAUCACGACCUCCAACUUCAUCACGUUUGGCGACCAGGUUGACCAGAUCACGAUUGGCGGCUUGUACGGCUGCACCUCCAUCAUCGUUGUCUCGCAGCGAGGCGCCUUUGCCAGCCACAUCUGGGAGCCCAACUUCUUCCCGGACAGCACCACCUUCCAAGAGCAGGCCAUCAACCAGAUCCAUCGCGGAGCCGGCACCGAGUUCCACCCCUUUGGCAUCGACGAGCUGCGAAACUUGGCCAACGACAAGCCCCGCGGCAUCAUCCUCGGCGACAACACGCAGCCAAACGAUGACCCGGACGUUCACGUUUUCAUCAUCACACCCCGUCCGCGUGUGGAUCUCUUCCAGACCAACCCCGACGGGUCCUUCGUCAUUGGCAACGACGGCUUGUUCGUGCGCGUCCCCGACAACAUUCGCCAGGAUCCCACGGCCAACGCGGGGCAAUUCCUGUACGGAACACGAAUCAACGCCAUCAUGGCCGAUCUCUCCACCACGUUCGGAGCCAACGUGCCCAUUGAUGUGAUCGACUACGCGCCCAACGUUUUGCCCAACGCCUUCCUUGAGCAAAUGUUCACCGCCGAGAUCACCGGUGACUUUAUCAAGCUGAUCGAGCUGCAGCAGCAAAAGGCGGACAUCUUGGGCGACAAGGACCAGACGAACCCUCGCGGAAAGGCUCUUCUGCAGUACCGUCCCUCGCACGGCUGCAACGAUAAGGCGAGGUGGCGCAUCUGGAUCGAGGACAGGGGAGUUCAGGCUCGCGAGGCCGCGUGGGAUGCCCUCGCCGGCCAAACAUUCACUGCCGCCGGCGCCCAAAAGAGGCAGGAAGCCUGCCCGGUCAACCCCGGUGACCAGCAGCCCGAACCCCAGCCCGAGCCCCAGCCCGAACCCCAGCCCGAACCUGAGCCGCAGCCCGAGCCCGAGCCCCAGCCCGAACCCCAGCCCGAGCCUCAACCCGAGCCCACCGUCGUCGUUCCUCCCGUUCCCGAGCCGACCAACCCCCAAGUGCGGUACUCUGACCUUCCCCUCGUCGGAUCCAACGUCGUCGUCGGGACCAAUUGCGAGGAUUCCCGCCCGAGGAGAGGGUCACGUACACUGUCAACAUGA